CUUAAAGGGCGAUCCCGUCAGGCAGUUUGCCGAACAAAGAGAACCCUAGGAACCGGCCGUGUCCUGUCCGCCAUGGACGAGGCGCAGGAGAUCCUCCUGAGCUCUCUCAGCAGCUCCGGGGUCUCCCUCCCCGCCGGCGUCUCUUCCAUCAAAGAUCUCGGCCCGGACGCCCUCGUCUCCAUCUGCUCUCAAUCCCUCCGCCUCCUUGACGACGAUGAAUCGUCCCCCUCCUUCUCCACCUCCCUCCCCGAGCCCACCGCGGAGCGCUUCAAGAUAUGUACCGACGUCGCCUCUGCCGUCAAAUCCCUGGGAUACCGAGGGGAUCUCAGCUUCCACCAGUUCCUGUAUCCUUCUUAUGAUGACUCAUACAAGUUGGUAAGAUUUUUGGUGGAGAGGCUAUCUGGAUCAUCUGAAGGUAGAAGAGCCAGAGAAAAUACAGCAACCAAAUCUACUUUGAGCAGUGGUGAAAUUACUGGUGACAUCCAUAAUGAUACAUUAGAGAAGCUUAAAGAAAAGGAGGAUAAGGUGAGGGAGAGUCAAAGUAAAGAGAAUUUUCAUUGUGAAAGAAGAUCUUUGGGGGAAUCAACUAAAGGCAUUGCAGAGCCAUCUGAGACGGUUGCUGAGGAGGUAUACUCUGAUGUGUUGCUUGACACUAAUGCAGUUCCAGGGCAGUCAGGUGUGUCAGCUGAGACUGGAACACUCUAUUCUGAGCGCAUAGAAUCCAGUGAGAUCAAGAGCCAUUGCAGCAAGGAAGGUGUUGAAGAUGCUCCUGAAAAAUCUAUGAACUCUGAGAAAGAAUUAUGUGUUGAUGGAGAAGAUAUGACCCAAACAGACAAGUAUAUUGCUGAACUUGAACGAAAAUUAGCUUCUCUGCAGGAGCAAUUAUCCAAGUUAAGGAAUCAAGCUGACAGCUUGAAAAAUCAAGAAGAUAUGAUGACGGAGGCAAAACAGGUGAAGGCCUUGAAAGUUCAGAGCCUUGAAAGUGAGCAUGAGCUCCUAAAAGCAGCUAUGGAUAUGGCAUUAGAUGAACAACAUUCUGUUGGCUUCUAUAUUGAAAUGCUAAAUGGACGAGUAGAAGCAAAAAGACAGAGUCUUAUGAAAUUGGAAUCACAGUGGAAUGAUCUCAAGCAAACAGUGGAACAGAGACAGAUGAGAGAGGAGCAGUCACUAUAUGCUGAGAAAUCUUCAGUGCAAGAAAAACUAAUUAAAUUGAAAGAAAUUGAACAAGAAACAGAUGCCACCGUAUCUGACAUUUGCAAAAGAGAGGAUGAACAUGCUAAACUUCUUCUGGAGCUUGAGAAACUCCCAAAGAUCUCUUCUAGAAAAUCCUACAUCCAGCGCAUAACUGAGAUUACAAAGAAUAGCUGGAAACAAGAUGCCGACGUUGAGCGAAUCAUAAAAGAGACUCGAGAGCUUCAGUUAGAGAGUAAUUCCAUACAAGAACGCCUUCAUAGGACUUAUGCCGUGGUUGAAGAAACUGUCUUCAGGAAUGCAAAAGAUGACCCAGUAAGGCUGCAGGUAUAUAGGCUUUUAACGAGCAUCCACGAUAGUUUUGAACAGAUUUCAGACAAGCUUCUUGCCGCUGACAGAGCUCGAAGAGAAGCCACCGAGCAAGAGGCCAAACUUACGGCCAUUUCUUCCCGUAGUUUCGACAUCAGCAAACUCCAAGCAGAUCUUGAUUCGAUUAGGAAGGAAAAUGAGUUUCUAGAGCAGCAGCUCUGCCAUGAAUAAUCUACUGUGGAUGCCAGCUAAGAAUCUUGUGCACAUCCUUGCAACAACAGUAGUUACAUUAGCAGCAUUCAGUUCGACUGUUACCGAUGGCUUGGCAUUCAAUUUACAAGGGAGCUACCAUACCUCUUGGAGGUGUCUAUGUGGCUGCAGCAGUGUAUACAUAUCUAUGUAUUUCAGGAUGUUUACAUCUGUUGUGUGGUUGGUUGUGCAUAUGAUUUUAAGACUGGUUUAAAGGUAUGAAAUUAUCCAUUCUGUCAGGUUCCGGUAGAAAUGUUUGUGUUGUUCCAGAUGAUGUGGAAUGACUGGUUGCGAUGGAGUGAUUCCCUCUGGCCAUCAGCCAUUUUAGAGCAAAUGGUGUCCUGCAGCUGUGUGUGAAGUGGUUGGCCGAGCUAAAAGCGUGGAAUUUCUGCAAGGGUUGCACCUUACAAUGACUCCCUUAAAAAGACGAAAAAUGUCUAAAAUAAUCUAAGUUAUAUAACACAGACGUUGGCUAUCCUUGAUGCUGGGUCUCUCCUAAAAUUAAGUGGGUCCGUAUGUCUCAUUUCUCUUCUACAAACAGUAUUUUUGCACUAAUUAUAUGUCCCACAUUUACUCUCUAAUAAAUAGCCAAAUAAAGUAGA